UAGAGUUAUAAUUAAGAUGCUGUGCUCUCUUUAAACAGAAUUUGAAAAGGUACUUUUAAACAAACACCUUUCUUACGUUCAUAGAUAUCUCACUGGCUUUCACGUUGGCCUAUGAGCAAAUACAAGUUUUGGGCAGAUUACUGUAGGUUGUAGUGGUAUUCUCAUUAAGUAGCUCUGUAUUUCUGCUACUUGAUUUAGUCCUUUACCAAAAAUCUGUCAGUCAAAAAGAUUAGAGAAAGCAAUCUUUUACUUUGGUCACUAUUAACAGUAGUUGUAAAAUUCAAAAAGUGUGGUGUUUUUUCCUAUAUAUUCUUUUUGGCUUACAGGAAGUUUAUCUUAAGGUUUUUUUAAUGACAUCGUUGAGUGGAAUGAUUUAAAAUCUCAUUGGAUAGAUAUUAGAGGAAUAGGUCCAUCAAAGAAUUCUUUGGAAUUUGUUCAUCAGCUAAAAUUUACAGAUUCUCUCAGUGCUUACUGAAUAGCUGGAAUAACAAUACUUUAGUGCUGAAACUUUAAAGGGUAGAAUAUAAGAUUUGUACUGACAGUGAAAGCAUACUCCGUGUCAAUACAUGUCUUGUAAUAGAGCUUGAUGUGUUUGACUUAGACUGAGCAGACAGGAUUGUAGACAGGCACCUUAGCAUUGUUUUCAAAUGUAGAUUCUCUCUAAAUUCCCUUGUAUACAUCCUUUUCAUUCUCUUUGGCUGAUUUCAUCUGAUGUAACGCAUGACUUUGUUAUACCUACUGGCUAACAGGCUAUGUUUGAAUCUGUGGGAUCACUGUAAUAAAAAUCAGGCUUACGUGCAGUUUAUAUUUGGCAGUCUGUGUUUAUUUCCAGGCAGUAGAUAGAAGACUGUGGUAGUAGUAGACUGUUUUCUUGCUUUCUCAGACCAAUUAACAAGUUUUAUGCCAGUUGAGAAACACCUUUGUACAUCUUUUGACAGUAAUUGGCCAGGAUUUGUCUGAGCUCAGUUAGCACAGAACUACACAUUGUGCUGCUCUAACAUCAUGUUUUCACAGAAUUUUAUUCCAUCUCUUUGAUAAUGUAAAAACUAAGUUAAAUGGCUAAUGGAACUAGUGUAAACUUAUCUCAGUUAAAAGAUUGUUUUGAGAUUCUAGUGAACUGGAGUUAAGCUUUCAGAAGACAGUGUUGCCCUAAGUCUUGGUGCUAUGCAUGUGACCGCUCUUGAUCACAGACCAAAAAAAAUGUUAAAAGCUGCAUGAUAAUUUUCAUUUAAAAUUUGGCUUUAGUCAGGCCCUUCUGAAGGCUCAUGGACUUUCUAAUAAUUUAUCUAAAUAAAAGAACUGAUUUCAGUUUCCGUAGCGAUUCAGCCCAUAAGCAGGAUUGAGACCUUCUAAGAUAAUAUUUGUAUGUGUUUUAGUGAGGCUAUGGCAAACUAUCUUUCUGGAACACAAAUGAAUGUGUUUUUUUGGAAGGACUCUAUUCCCUGCUAUUUUUCACUAUCAAAGACUGCAGUACACCUAAAUUACAUAUAAAAGAUGUAAAGAAGUCACUUUCUAGUUAUGAAGAUACAUAGUGUGGUGAUAUUAGCAGUCAGAUACACUAGGUAAUUGAGUGUCAUGUUAUUAUGCAAUUAUCUUCUGGAAAAUGGGAUGCUUUACAGAAUAACAGGCAACCAGGGCUAAUGAUAGCUUGACUAUAUUUCUCUUCAUAGGCUGACAACAAAAGUACUUGGUGUUUCUUACGUAUUUUUUGUGUGUACAUGUUUUUAAAACUACCUCUUGCCUUCAGUCACAACACUUGUAUCCUUUGUAUUAAUAUAAAACCCAGUUCUGUUUUUGUUUUUUGAGUGUUGGUAUCUGGUAAAGAGAUGAUAGAUUGUAUAUAUUUGUUUCUAAAUGGCAGAUUAAACUGUGCCAUAGAUUAGUAAUAGUUUAUGGCUGUUCAGGAGUAAAUGGGUUGUUCAUUGUAGUCUGUGAUAUAAUAGUUUUUCAUCAUCAUAAAACAUCUUUUCAGUUAGCAAUAUUCAGAAGAAAAAAAUGCUAACUGGUAAACAGUGUAAUUUUAUCUAAUGGUUAGUUUUAUCCUCCGUCUUCUCCCUCCCAAGAUCAAAAAUCUUGUUUUGGGAAGACUAGAGCAAUGUACAGCUACCUGAUAUGGCUGUCUUAAACUAAGCUAAAAAUCUAUUGAUGACAAUAACCUAGGUAAAAACUUGCAGUAAGUUAAUCUGGAAAUGCUCUCUUCAGAUGUCCUCCUUUGUGUAGUUGUCACUGGAUUAUUUCUUUCUACUGAGCUUGCAGAAACACAGAAUUAAACAGUAAAAUAAACAGUUCUCCCCCCCACCCCUUAUGUGCCUGAGUUUUUAGUGCAGGGAAUAUGCACCUAUAAUAAAUAGGACAGCUGAUACUUGCACUUGUGAAUGAAAACUUGUUUAGACUAGUAUUUUCCCCUCUAAUAUUUGAGUAGACCUUGCAUGAUUUUAUAACUUUGAAACAAAUUCUUUAAACAUACUCAACUUUGAGGUGUGAUGAGUAUUCACUUUUACUCUUCUGUGUUCUUGAGAGCUGUAAAAUAGCUGCUGGUAGGUGAUAUAAAUGUGAGAAUCCUAAUUUUGGAGUUCCAUCCAUGUGGACAUUCUUCAUAUGAUCAGAUCACUUUUUAAAAUCACAGCAGGCCUUUUUUUAUGGCUGUAGGAAUCUGCCUGUGUAUGUCAUGGUGAAGGGCUUGAACAAUACAUGAAAUGAAGAUUAAAAAAAAUUAGAAUAGGUGAUUCAUGUCAGAAGACUCGCAUAAAGAACGGUCACUUCUUACGAUAGUCAUAUUAAUUUUUUUCAAAUCUUUUCUUAACUAUGGGCUGUUUCCACAAUGUGACUAGUUCUUUACUUGAUUUCUCACUUUCUGGUUAAAUUCAAACCACCUAGUCAUAUACUUAGAUACGACAUGCAUGAUAUUUGUAGUCAUCCAGGUUCCUCUCUGUGCUUACUGUAACCAAUUACAAAUUUCCCUUUGUAUAAUUAUAGUUAACUGCUAUAUACCUGUCCUGGGCAAAAUGAACAUCUUUUUUUUCUAUUUAAAUGGUUUCAUGCAGAAGACUCCUAGCCACAAAGCAUAAGGAGGAAUAUAGCUAGAAGAAACAUUUUGGCCUUUUUAACCUAUUCAAACUACUGAGAAGGAAUACUGAGUACUAUAAUAGCUUGUGAUAUUUCUUAAUUCCCUUUGCGUUGUCUUUACACUAAAAUACCGAUAAAAUCUAGUACUUGAAUACACGAAUGCCUGAUGUCUGAAGAAUUCUUCUAGCAAUUGGGAAAAAUAAGAAUGUGUCAAGAAACUAGAUCUAUCUGUGCAUCUUUAAUCUGAACUUGGACUUUAAGUCUAUAAACUCCAAUGUGUUGUGUAAAAUAUUCUAAAAGAAUCUUGACCUGUUAAACGAAAAAUACAGCAUACUUUUACAGAGAUUUCUUAUGAACCUACAGGGUGACCUUUUUUCCACACCGCUUCUGGGUCUGAGCAGUGAUGGCUCCAUGUUGGAGAGGAUGAGCCGGACUGGGUGGAGAACUUCCAAAAACUAGGACAACAUACUUUUUAAGUUCUUUAUUCUUGCACAACGAGGAAAAAGAAGAAACGCUUCAGUGAAUGAGGAGUUUUAUGCUUCUAUAGCAUUUUUCUUGAGAAGUGGGUCUUUGAAUGAGGAUGACAAUGGAAGAGAUGAAGAAUGAAGCAGAGACCACUUCUAUGGUUUCCAUGCCACUUUAUGCUGUUAUGUACCCUGUCUUCAAUGAGCUAGAAAGAGUAAAUCUAUCUGCAGCUCAGACACUGAGAGCAGCUUUUAUUAAGGCUGAGAAAGAAAAUCCAGGACUCACACAGGACAUCAUUAUGAAAAUUCUGGAGAAAAAAAGUGUGGAUGUGAACUUCACAGAGUCUCUUCUGCGUAUGGCGGCUGAUGAUGUAGAAGAAUAUAUGAUUGAAAGACCAGAAUCAGAAUUCCAAGACCUGAAUGAAAAGGCACGAGCACUUAAACAGAUUCUUAGUAAGAUUCCUGAUGAGAUAAAUGACAGAGUGAGGUUUCUUCAGACAAUCAAGGACAUCGCGAGUGCAAUAAAGGAACUUCUUGACACAGUAAAUAAUGUCUUCAAGAAAUAUCAAUACCAGAACCGGAGGGCACUUGAGCACCAAAAGAAAGAGUUUGUAAAAUACUCCAAAAGUUUCAGUGAUACUCUGAAAACCUAUUUUAAAGAUGGAAAGGCAAUAAAUGUGUUCAUAAGUGCCAACCGACUAAUUCAUCAAACCAACUUGAUACUCCAGACCUUCAAAACUGUGGCCUGAAAACUGUAUAUGUUGAGUUGUACUUUUCAAUGGUGGCUAGGGUACCUUUAUAUGUAAAUUUUAAAGUUUUGACUGUAUAAAUUAUCAGCCCCUCUUGUAGGGGCCCAGUGCAGGAUUUUGAAUGGGAUUAUUGCCAUCUUACACCAUAUUUUUGUAAAACAUUGUAGCUUAAUCAUAAUCUCACAACGAAGAUUUUGCAUCACUUUUUGCUAUUAUCAUUCUUUUCAGAAUUAUAAGCCAAAAGAAUUUACGCCUUAAUGUGUCAUUAUGUAACAUUCCUUAUAAGAAUUGUAAAUAUUUGGUGUUCUGUUUCUGACAUUUUAACUUGAAAGCGAAAAUCUGCAAGAUUAUGUAUUUAACAAUAUUGGUGGCAAAUAUUCAAUAAAUAGUUUACAUCUGUUA